AUGGAGCCAGUACAGAAGGGAAGUGAUUCGCGCAACCAAGACGUGGACUUUAAACUAAGCGCUUCUGAAAAUACACCAGAUAAGAUUUCAUCUGCAAGGACUGGAACAGAAAGCCCCCAAAUCGAACUUGGUCUUAGCAAAGAUCAGUCGAUGGAAAGGAGUUUUGGUGGAGGAAAUCCUUCUUUGAGUGAAUUAACCUCUGUAAUUGGUUCAGAAUUCACGGAGGAAAGCGAAGUACCGCAUACCAAUGAUCCUAACGAUUCACUUGGUGAAAUAAGAGAAGAUUUAUUUGGGAAGAGUGAAGUUAUUGAAAAGGAGAAAGAGAUAAUGAGCGGAGAAUCGCAGAGUUUUUCUGAACAAAGCGACUCAAGUAAAGUGGAAAUCCAAAGCCGUGCAAACCUCUCUAAUCACAGCAAGAAACAAAAUUCCAAAGAACUUGUUUCAAAAGGAGGAAAAAGAGAAAAACCAGGAGAAUUAUCGGUGAAGAAGCUGAGAAAAGAUCAGUGUUGUCAAGGUGAUAGUUUAAGAGAGAACUCAAAAAGUAAUGAAGUUCAAAUUUUGAAAGAGAAACUCGCUGUGAGUAAGAAAGACACGGAGACCAUGCAGAAGUUGUUGGAAGAUGUUCGUAAAGACUACGAAGAUCUUCAGAAAAACUUUGAAAAAAGAGAGAGCGAGGCAAGAAAUAAAGGAUUUAUUGAGGAAGUGACAAAGGAAAACAAUGAAAUUAAAAAGGAAAAAGCUGAAGUUAAACGCAAAGCGUCGAAAAAGGAAUGUAAAAGUUCGGAUGACUUGAGUUCGUUGGAGCUAGAUAAGCCGAGAACGGUCAAAGCGGCAAGCGACAUGACCUGCCCUUGCUUUGCGCCGAGUUUUCGUAAAGUUGUAACUGAUGUUACUGAAGAUUUUAAAGAAACCAUCUCGCUGAUAAAAAAAAGUUCGCAAGAGGGAAAGGAGAGGAUUAGAAAAGAACUUGCCCAGUUAAAAGACGAAUAUAAAUGCGCUUUGGAGAGAAAAGAUUCUGAAAUUCAUGCAUUUGAGGAGAUGAUUAAAGGUUUGCAAUCAAGGAUACGUGAAAGCGAGCGAGAAAUUGUAAGUUUUCGAGAUGCAGUGUCGUCAUCUUAUGAAGAAAAGAUUAGACUGUACGAUGAUAUUUGCGCGUUAAAAGACAAACUUGCAAAGGUGGAGCGUGACGGCGAAACAAGUCGCGCUGCCUUAGAAAGAAUAAAACACGGUUUAAAGAAAUUUUGCACGGCUGAAGAAUAUGAGGAACUGGAACAUCAAAGUUUUAGAUUAAGGGACUGUGGAGAAGUGGAAGGAAGUCCUAGAGAGCGAAGCGAAAGCGAUGAGAGCGUAACUGAGGUUAAUGACAAACUGGCGAAGUUUCAUCCGGUCUUGAAAAAGGCCAAAAAAGAAAUAACCAAGCUAAAGGAACAGAAGCAGGAUGCCGAAAAUCGUUUGCAGGAAAAAGUCUCUCAAGCGACGGAGAAGGAGACGCAGUUAUGUAAGAAGUUGAAAAAGGCUUUGAGCGAGUUGAAACAAAGCCAAAGUGAUACAACAGAGCUUUCAAAACAGUUGGAAGCACUAAAACUUGAAAAUACCAGACUAAAUACUGGUUCUGAUGAACUAGAAGGACAAUUGGAAGAUUUGCGCAGAGGGUAUGCACAAGAGCUAAGAACGGUGAAUGACAAGUUGAAGAUCUCGAACGACAAACUGAUGCAUAGCCAAGAAAAAUAUAACCAACUGCAAGAGGAUAAUAAAAUAUUACGUGAUGACUAUGACGAUUUAAAGAGUUUCGUGGACGAAAUGAACGCAAAGAAAAUGAAAGACGUUGUUAUUGAUGGCUCUGACAACGAGGACGAUUUAUCGGAGCAACUGAUAAAGGUGAGAUAAUCAAAUUUAUUAUCCUUCCAAAAUAUUUCGCCGUAUCUGAUUGGCUCAAAUCCCCCGACUAACUCUCCAUGACCACCCGGCGUUAGGUGAGAGCAAUAUACUAUCGAUUCGGUGAUAUAUUUGCUUGGAGACAAGGUUGAUCUAUAGUAUAUUUGCGUGGAAACGGGACUGUUUGAAAUGGCGUUUUAGUACGACUAUCUGAAGACAAAAUAGCCGAAUUCCUGACCGUUACUGAACAGAAGAUCUGAACGGGCUGAACGUAAGAUUUCAACAGUUACGUGCGACUUAAAGAUUAAUGCAGCUAGCCCCUGGUUUUGUUUAACAUAGAAAUAUAAGUAGCUGCCUCGACCCUCGUAACGGUGCGUAGGCUUUUUCGUCAACAUGCAGCAUUGGUAUGGCGGUCCGUAUCCACCUUGACGCUACGCACGAAAACCGGAAGCACAAGACUUCACGGGAAUGAUGAUUCCUAAGAUAAAUCGCGGUCCGCUUGAAAGACAGGAGGGUCUCCUGGGAACGAGGCAGCUAAUAAAGGAUUCAAAAAGCAUGCAAACGAGGUUAAUGUGUCAAUAUGAUGAUGUUUUGGCCUCUUUUCCAUGUCAAGACGGCUGAUAUAUCUGUAAUAACGGCCAUUAAGAGCACAAAAUCGCGGAUAGUUUGUAUCGUUCGUUAAAUAAAAGUUGUUUGGAGACUGUAUAUUCUUGACAACGUUCAUGGAGGCCGCUUUCCAUUCAACCCCAAAUUCCGGAAAUUUCGGUUGGUACAUCAAAUGCAACGGACCUUUUCGUUUUGGUCCGACUGGAAUAUUCGGGACCAGCUUUAAAGGUGGUCCACUUUGAUCCGGUUAUAUCGGUAGGUGGGACCGAAAUGCCCCUUUUCAUUUCCAUUACCGCUCUUGUAUCCUUCUUACAAGAACAAUAACCAAACGGGCGGUGGCUUGUGUCUGGUCUGUGUAACCAGAAUGUACCGUUAGAUUGGGCACGUGGAAUUUGCGAAAUUUCAAACCGCAAUUUUAGUCGAAUGGAAAGCGCCCGGAGUUUAUAAUACCGAGAGUUUAUUCCUUGUAGGAAGAGUCAUCGCUAAAGGAACAGCUUAAACUUGAGAAAGACAGGAACGAAAAAUUCCAGAACGAAAUAAAACUUCUGAAAAAGGACAUUGAUCUGUGGAGAGAAAUAGUUAGCGAUGAGGGGUUUACUGGAGGUGUGGGAUACCUGAAGAUUGAAAAUGAAGAUUUAAAACAGGAAAUAGAAGAUCAUCAGUAAGUGAGAAUCGCAAACAAUAUUCAGGAUAAAUAAAUAUAGAGAAGAACAUCACCGUUAAAUACGCAACUAAUGCAGUUGCGAAAAGAAAGCCUGGAAAAAUUCAGUGGGCUGGCUACACCCCUGCUACAGGUGAAGAUGGAAUAAUGAAUAUAUGACAUUCAUGUAUUCAUCCUUUCACUAAGGAUAAAGUUAGCCGAAAAAUGUUUGUCGAUUCUAGUGAAAACCUGUUGCCCAAGGGUGCUUGCGUUUCGCCAAGUUUUGUAAGGAAAUGUAGGAACAGUUCCCUCGCACAGGGUGGCUCGGGUAGGCGAGUGUUUGUUAAGCAAAACAAAAACUCUGCUCGUGUAUCAUACUUUUUGAUACAUCCCCAUUUGUCAAAUGUAGGUGAACUCUGUUGGGGUCGAUUUCCACUCAAACAGAUCAAAUUUCAGAAAGAGGAAAGUGUUGUAAUUUGAUUGUGUUUUUGUUUCCUAUUUUAGAGCCGUCAUCAGACAGCUUAUAUCGAAAAAGAAGGAGCACACCCGAAUCAUCAAUAAGUUGCGUACAGAAAAUAGUUUGCUUAAGGUACGGCAGGAUAACUUUUCCCUCUAGUUGCCCUAGGCUAACACUGGAACUCGUUAAAGAAUGACUUGACAACCAAAAAUUUGACUAACAAUACACGACUGUUUAACUGUGACAAUAGACGGAUAGAAACGCACCAAUGACAUAACGAGUCUUCAUAGCCAAUAACAUCACGGCUUAACUGAAAGACGACGUCAAUAACAUCGCGACUUAAUUGACCAAUCAGGUCAAUAACCAGAGUUUAAUACCAUCAACUGACGUGAUACAACUCACUUCGACUCUGAAGAUGACUACCGCACAGGUUGUCGAAACGUCAGUCACUGUCAACAACAACAGUCCUAUUCAGGACUACGUUCACUCGGACGAUCAUGCUCAACGUACUUAUGAAAUGACUCCUGUGUUGAAACCUUUCACAGUAAAGUAAGAAUCUGCGUUUUCCCAAGUUAGCCUAAACGGGUUUUUACAUAAAUAGUAGUAAGCACAAAUUUAGGCCAUUCAGGUUCUUAAAAAAAUUCUCAUUUUCUGAAGAAAAAAGAAAUACAUUGUAGCUAAGAGUAUUAAGUGGUCUUUAGCUUAUUCCUUACAUAAAAUCUGCAUACCAUCACAUUGCAGUUGGGGUGAUAAGGCACCUGUGUCUCCAAAGAGGACUCCGAAUGUUGACUUAUCUUAUUUGCCAAGUGUACAGAAUUUUUUUUUAAUAGAUUUAGAAAAUAAGAACCUGCUUCAAAGUUUAGGUUAAUCAGGUUCUUGUUUAGAGGGGAUCUAACUGGCAAAUUUUAGCCUACAGGUUCUUCAAAUCCAGGUUCUUACACGCUGGUUUUUACUGUAUCCGCCGAUUGGAAUCCGGACUGGGCCUUCCAUUAUAAAAAAAAAUCUCACUGGCUACUACUGUUUUAUCAUAAGAUUAAGAGCACUUUAUGGUGAUUUUUUUUAUCAUUGAAGUCUUUAUUGGUACUAUUGGGUUACCAGUCACCUAUUAACAACGUCCAUUUUAAGGGGAAUACUCUCACAUUGACGAUCACCCCAGCGCACAAACAACUGAUACUACUGGGUUCACAAAUCAGUCACCAACAACAGUCUUUUUGAUGACUACACUCAUAUGAACGAUCCAGCGCACGGUUAUUAGACCUGGAUUCGAAACUGUAUCCUAGCAAAGGCUCUACUGUCAGGGUGAUGGUCGAUCACACUCGACAAACUAAUGAUAGCCCGGAGUUCAACCGAAUAUUUUUUGCAAAGAAGUCACUUCACUGAGCAAAUCUCAGUAACUCUAAAGAUGGCAGGUUCUAGUCUAAUGACAUUUAACUCGUCAGGGACCGCGUAACGCACCUGAAGAUACACACGAGGAUUCGUUGCUCGAAUCUGAGGAUGAACUGGAAAGCGAGAUGCCUGAUACGACAUCAACACAGGAAAGUCAGAUGAAAUUUGACAAGAAUGGAAAAAUGGAAGACGAAAAACAAGUUAGUAUCCAGAUUUCCAUGCCAUAAUUUAAAAUGAAAAAAUCUCACCGAAAUGGGAUGAUGUCUUAGGGGCCGCUUAUUAAGAGGGUCAACUGUAGGAGUUACGUGGCGAGAUGAAGAGAACCGCUGACACUGGCCUGGUUGCCGCGAGUGCAGUUUAGUUUUUUGUUGUAUUGUGCAAACUGAAUCAGGGUUAUCUAGUGGGACUGAUAAAUUUUAAUAAGAAAGCAAACAACGAAAUGAUCUCAUAUUCAAAUGAACCAAUCAGCUCUCACCGCAAGUACACGUUGCCGGCGAAAAGCGCGGGAAAAAAUUCAAACACUGGGAGGCGUCACGAAAUUUGGAAGAACUUUGCGAUGAGUGAACUAAUGACGUCAAUCGUGCAGGAAAACUGCCAGAUUAUUGAACGGUUAACCGAGAAAAUCUGGGGACGAGGUUGACUUGUUUUGGCAGUGAUUACAAAACGGCGGAAUAUUUCACUCGUUUUACGAGUGAAGAAUCAGGCGAACUAUUGGCUUUAAACACAUAGCAAGAACAGCAAGAAGACAACUCGACGGACGGCAUCUGCUAUUUGGAGAAUAUUUGCAGAACUGAACAACCCUUUAUCUCCUAAACUUACCGAUAAACAUGCACUAUCGAAGAUGAACUGAAAAUCGAUGGAGGUAAGCAUGUUUGAGCUUGUUUUUAGACUAAACAAAUUAUUUUAAAUGAAUAAUGAAACAAGUAUUUAAAAAAAGAACUAGACAGCCCUGACAGCCCCUUUAAUACUAAGAAAACCAUCUCUCCGUUCUUUUAAUAGACUGAAUUUUCUGAUGAAGAGGAAGAUUCUCUAUUUGUACAGUUCAUGGACGACAACGAUAGAUUACACAAGGGUCUUAAUCUCGCGGAAAUUCUUGAAUAUGACACAAGCAUGAGCGAAAAGGUA